UUUCGCACCAUAAACAUGUAAUGACCAGCGUGCCCAUUCUUCUCCGUCUUCCGUCUUCCGCAUUACGCACUUCUCCUUUCAGCCCCCUGAAACUCCAUCGCCAUUUUGCCCAAACCUCAAUGGCAAGCCAACCUGUGGACGAGCUCGGUGAUUACCCCGUGCCACUGUCUCCGCCUCUUCCUUCAUUAUCCAAGGACAUAGAGUUAAACAGGGCCUUGACGGCAUCCUCUAGAUCAGCGCUGUUUUCUCUAUCCAGGGACGACGUCAUCUUCGAAGACGAGUGGCUCGUCGCGGUCAACAAGCCUCGAGGAAUCUAUUGCGAAAGCGUAUUGUCCGCUGUCUUGAAUCUUCUAAUAACAGGCUCGGAUAACGAACUCAGUGCCAAACACCCUGAACUGCAUUUAGCUAACAGACUGGAUCGGGACACAAGUGGUGUAAUGGUAAUCACCAAGUCCCACAAAGUAGCUGCUAAGCUCGUUAAAGCAUUUACAGACCAUAAAGUUAGGAAAACAUAUCUUGGUCUGUGUGUAGGACAAGCACCUAAAUGGGGACAACUUGUCAUCCGGUCAGGACAUGGGCGGUCAAAACAUGGGGCAUGGCGUGUUUAUGCCACGUCUGAUGUGGGCCGGUCACUGCCAGGCGGAUCAGUCGUUAAAGACAUGGAGACCUCUUUCCAAGUUCUAUCUAUCAACGGGGUUCGACACCUAGAGGCUGAAAAAGAGGGAGAGUUAGAUGGAGAGAACGGGUCCUUAGUGGUUGUUGAAGAUAAAUCUAUGGUUGAUUUGGAUAUGAAGAAAGAUGUUGUUUUGAUUCGGGCAUACCCUCGGAGUGGAAGAACCCAUCAAAUACGCUUGCACUGUCAGUAUCUUGGGAUUCCAAUUAGAGGAGACGUAAAAUAUGAAGGAGUGUAUGAGUGGAAGGGUCAUACACAUACUGGCCAUGAACUUCAUGCCGAAACAUUGUCAUUCACACAUCCUGUUUCUGGGCAACCUGUUUUGCUUAGGGCACCUCUGCCAUUAUGGGUAAACCAGUCAUACUGAUUGCUGUGGUAUACUAAAUUUCAGGAAUAUAUGUUUGUGUACAUAUGUUUCUAGUUUUCAUUGUUAUAAAUUCUGCCUUCAAGAUGGCGCAGGGUCGGUUGCUUGGGCAUGGUGUGGGGUAGUAUGGUUUCAUCUUCCUGAAAGGGGUAUUGAAUCAUGAUUAUUCAAAUGGUUUGGUAUAGUUUGGUUUAGUCCUAGAACUAGCUGGUAUUGUACCAUUUCAAAACAAGACUAUGCAAAUUAUCAUACCAAUGCCAAACCAUACCUAUUUAUUGAAGAAAACAGAAGUGCCAUAACAAACAAUUUUGGAGUUUCCUGUCCAUCAAUGACAAAAUGAGAUCUUAUAAAGAAUCUGGAAAGUGAAAACCGCAAAGCUCUGUCUGGGGUAAAGGAAACACCACAGUCCAAAUAUAUGGCUUCUGGAGUUCUGGUUAUAGAAACAUGUUUAACAGUUUAAGAUUUCACUCAAGAAUCAGAUUAUUACCUUAGGACGUAGUCUCUGUACUUGCUCUGUAUUCUUCAUGACACUUCAAGUUGCAUGACAGACCCUCAAAGUAUUCAGGCUACAUGAGUACAUGACAGUUGACUUAUGUGCUAUUAUUGCAGUCAAUGACCGGAACAGAAAUGUCAAGUUUUAAAUCCAACCAAAUUAAGGUCCAUAUUGGCAACGACAGUUUACUAUAACACACCUUAUUUUUACAGGAAUAAUGGUUUGAGGACUGAGCUCACAGAGCUGAUUCAGUACCAUGUUAAGCCAAUUUCGAACCAUGCGAGGCUGAUAUAUUUGCAUACCCCUAAAGCAGCCAAGUCCCUGGCAUUUCGUCUAGUCUAUAUUUUUGGUUAAAAGAGGUGCCAAAAUAAUCAAGGCCAGCUGCACACACCUGCACUUGCAGGAUUAAUGUAAAAACUUCUUCCAUUUAGUGUUAUAGAAAGUUUAGAAUUAAUUAAGAGCGUUAAAUGAAAUACACGUAUGAUUAUCAUUUAUCAAUGCAUCAUGCUCCUACUGCGCGUUUUGUUCAUUGACAAGGUUGUUAGAGAGAAGAUAAUUUUCGCACUUCUUCACUUUGAACUUGACACAUGAGGGAGUAUUUAAUGAAAUAUAUGUCCA